AAGUUGUAGAUAUAUAUAAUAUAGAACAUGCAUGUAUUUUUUCCGUUUAUUUAUUUCUCUGUUAGAGACAUAAAUACUAUAAUAAUCUUAUCACCAUGGAAACGAGUGUGACUACCGUAACCACACCCCCUUUUGCAGACGUCACAGCGUCGGGCGGUGCACUUCCUGGUUACUCUGCGCCGCAUGCCUGUUGUGGUAGUUAAUUUAGGACUAUUGAUUUAUUGUGUCCCAAGGAAUGGUCCAUUUGGUCCGACAACGAGACUGGAUCGGCAGGAUUCGUCUGGCUCUCACUCUCUUCGGACUCCCGUUUGCCGGCUGCACUCGCGAAGUUAGGGGGGCAGCGCUGCUGCAGGGGAGGCAGAUCUGGGCUGACUUACUGGAUUUCUAUAUCUCAUAUUUCCUGCCUGGCAGGCCGGCCAUCUGCUGCUCAUCUUCUUACCCUUUCAGGACCAGUCAAUCCAUCAGACCCAUCAGUACCAGUUGCUGUAACCUCUACACAACCAGUGUCUGGACAAUGCCAUCCUCAGCAGCGUCUCAUCUCAAGUCCAGGUGCCCCCAGUAUCCAGGGUCCAAAAUCAAGCGCUUCCUCGUGCCGGAUGACAAGGUGGGCUGGAGUCAGAACUGGCCGCAGUAUAAACCUGUCAGCCACACCGACCCGUCGGUAGAAAAGAAACCAGUAUGGGCGGAUCCUGAUAUUGGCUCUUUCUCUCCAAAGUUUAACGCUGUGGACGGUGGCGUGGACAGGACGAGCUUUGAAGGCAUCUACAAAAUAGAAAAAGGAAAACCGCUGAAUCCUCAUGGACGCACAGGGGUGACUGGUAGAGGUCUGCUGGGACGAUGGGGACCCAAUCACGCAGCAGAUCCCAUUGUCACCAGAUGGAAAGUAGAUGCCAAACAAGCAAAGAUAUCUCACUCCGUCUCCAAGCGGCCUAUCCUGCAGUUUGUGUCCAUCAAGAGGAAAGACUGUGGGGAGUGGGCCAUUCCUGGGGGGAUGGUAGAUCCAGGGGAGCAGGUCUCUCUCACGCUGCAGCGGGAGUUCUCGGAAGAAGCGUUGAAUUCGUUGGCAGUCCCGUCAUCAGAGAGGGCAAAAAUCAGUGAGCGCAUCUCCAAACUCUUCAAAUCUCCAGGGUUUCAGGUCUAUAAAGGCUGUGUGGAUGAUCCUAGAAACACUGACAAUGCUUGGAUGGAGACGGUCGCUGUCAACUUCCACGACGAAUCGGGCAACAGUGUGAGCGAGCUGCCGCUGCAAGCCGGCGAUGACGCAGGACAAGUCCAGUGGGUAGAUGUUGACUCGUCCUUCCCGCUGUACGCAAACCAUUCCCAUUUCCUGGAGCUGGUUGCCAAAGAGAAGAAAGCUCACUGGUAACCAAGGAGGACGGACUGUGACAUGACGAGCAUGAAGUAAACAUGGAGGAAGCAUGGAGGAAGCAUGGAGGAAGCAUGGAGGGAACAUGGAGGGAACAUGGAGGGAACAUGGAGGGAACAUGGAGGGAACAUGGAGGGAACAUGGAGGGAACAUGGAGGGCCUUUUGGCUCUCUGUGUGCUGAGAGUGCUAAUGCUUUUAGGAUGCAUGACACCUAAACUUAUGCGGAUCUUACCUCACUAAUUUAAACAAUAAUCAUAGUUAGCAAAAGCUUAAUAUGUAUCUCAUUGGGUUCCUAUGUAUGCCCACUAUAUAUACGAAACGAGCAGGUUGAACGCUUGGCUGCAGAUUGCUCAGAGGACAUGGCUCAGUUAGAGCUGCUGCUUGAUUUUUGUCACAGAAAAGAAGGAAAAAUAAGAGAUGUUCAUUAAAGAAGAAAUUAAACUCACCGCUUGGAAGAAACUUAACACCAGACUGUAAAACGCAAGAUGCUGCUGAGCGGCACGGCACAUUAUUUCUAUUGGCAGUAAUUAUGCUAAUUUAUUCAAUGUUAACAAGGAUCACAUUAACCCAUCGUGAUAUUGUAAGAACAAACACAAUGAGCUGCGGAACACAACGCAUACUACAUUAAUUUAAGGGUGAUAUGAUUAGGAGGGCGAUCAGGAUGAAGAAGUGCAGACUGACUUUGAUCUCGAGAUGUGAAUAGAGUAAGAAGAUGUGCUGGAGCUGCCCACACAGCCCAGCAGUGCACCGGAGCUAGAGGACAAACAUGGUCUCAAGUGGUAACAGACGGUGGAAGCAAAGGCCGUUUCACACUCGGCAGCCUGCCUUCUCCAAAAUGUUCACAUCAGAAGGAGUCAUCUCACUGCUGGCCGUACUUUGCGAUGAGGCAGGGAGGGAGAGUUGCGCAUUAAAUGGCUUGUAUCUGUUUGGAUUCAUGAUAAAAAAACACCAACACGUGGACACUUCUCUCAUCAAGAGGCAGUCCACAACAGACAACUAAGGCUUCGCAAUAAAAUAUGUUUGUCUCUUGGUUGGUGUGAUGUGAAAAUUCUGUCCGCUAUAAAACUAGUGAGCAUUUUAACUCGACACUAAAGGGAAAGGGAGAUGAAUGUGGCCGUAAGAGAACCUCUUAAAAUAUAAACUGCUUCAAAAUGUGUCCGCAACAGUUGUAGGAGGUGCCACAGAUCCUGUACGUCUUUUUAUUUGCACUCAUCACUGCUCAGGCCACAAAAUGUAACCUCAUGAUAUUCAAUUGCAUUUAGGUAUGUUACCAGUAGCUGUGUGUGGGGAGGUUCUGCUGUUCAACCCCUUUACUAAAAGCAUAAUCUUAAAAAAUGUUCACACUUUAGAAAAACACUCAGCUCUGAUGGACUCCCAGUACACCCGGGCCACUUACCAUCGCCACUGAUGCAUUUACAGUCAGAGCACUGACAGCGUUUGAUGUUGCAGGAAGGGAGAGUACUUCCCAUCCAGAUGUUCCCAGCUGUACAUGUAAUUUACCAGUAACAUAAUCCUCUAACCUUUGCCUUCAAAAGUUCUGAUUUUAUUUCUUUAUGGUUAUUGUGAUUGGGGCUGGUGGUUGGUACAAGACAAGUAAAAAUAAAUAAAUGGUAGGAUGAGUGGUAAAAUAAUUGGAAUUUUGAUUAGCUUCAUUCUAAUGACCAGUGCUACACAUGGGGCUUUGCUGAAUGGAUUGUCUGUUUAUGUUGUAAUGUCAAAAAUACACACAGAAGUCGCUACUUACUGAACUUGCACUGAAAAGGUCUGACACCGACGUGUCUGAUCUUGUGUUUCUUUUCUUAUUAAUUCUUAUUAAUCCUGACUCAGUUGAAUUCUGGAGUUGAUUUUUGCAUUUUCCCUCAUAAAAUAUGUGUUUUGAAGGUGGUUCUUAUACAUGGUGUGCUGUAUUUGUUGUCUCAUAGUACGUGUAAUCAGCUGUCAUUAUGUCUCAGCCUACAUCGUUGCAUUAGGAGACCUUAUGCAUUAUGAAGUGCACUUAGAGCUAAUACAUCGAUGUCUGACGUGUCUCUGUUCUCAUUGUGAAAAGGAUAAAAUAAAAGCU